GGUAACUAAACUCGGAACAACGUUGAUCUCUGGCUUUCAGUCGUCGCGACGUUGUGCGGCUCAACGGUUCGUUACGAGCUAAAUCACAGACACUGUUCGCGAAAAUCGAUCGAUUCUCAAGAAAUUCAAUCCGAUCGUUUCUUUGUUGUUCGUUCAUUUCGCUUGCAAGAAUUGCUCAAAUUGUGCAGCGAGUUGUAUUGAAAAAAGAUAAGAAGCUCGACGUUUUCUUCAUUUCAAAAGUGCGCCAUUAGAAGACACAUCCGUUGGCAAAGUGGAUAUAACGAUAAUUAAUUAUUGUUUGAAUAACAAAAGGAAGUUCUUUUUACUGCGUACAAUUUGAUGACUUGCGUUUUAAAAUACCAAAGAUAAAAACGAUCCAAGAGUACGUUUGUUAAUGUCGUUGAUCGAGACUGCUGAUAACAGAGACUGCAAUAAGAAAGAGGAUUUGGAAUCAGACGUUAUGAGGGCUAAUGCAGCGGCGACCAAAAUCCAAGCGGGUUUUCGUGGGUACCGAGUGAGAAAGCAGCUCAAAGAAUCUGGAAUUGAAAAUGAUGGUUCUCCCGCGACGUCGGAAUCGGAAACAUCGUUCAGUCCACCACCGUUGAAACGACAAGAUACCUCGACGAGGAUAAAAACACUCGAAGACAAAUCAGCGACCAAGAUUCAGGCUGGCGUUAGAGGAUUUCUUGUACGAAAAAGACAACAAGUUGCCGCCGCAGCAGCUACUAGAAUUCAAGCCGGAUUCAGAGGGUUCCGGACAAGGAAACAACUAAAAAAAACUGACCAGUGAUUAUUAAUUAUUUAUUCUUGUAAGAUUAGAAUUGAAAUUAGUAUUAGAGUUAAAAUUUAUCAUUGUUUUUCUCAUAUCAAUGCACAUUCUAUUAGACUAAAUAUGAUAUCGAUAUUCUAUACCUAUUAUUAUGUAGUUGAUAAGAAUGUUAGUCGUUAGAAACGCGAACCGAGUAACAAAACAGAACGAGUAUGCGUUUAUCAAUUUCUAAGUUCUUUUUUUCCUGUGGGAACGAUAAAAAUUGUCACAAGAAAAACAACAUCGAUGAGAUUAAAUCGACGAUCUGAAAUCAAAACGUAGUUGUAAGUAGAAUUUAACAACCGGUUCUUCUAUUUAUCCGUACACAUGGUACACGACAUGCAUACGUAUACAUACACGAUAACUGUUGCUAUACUUGUAGUGCGAACGAUCGACCGUGGAAUCGUACAAUUCUGAUUGACGGUUGUGCAGCGGAGUUUAUUUGUCACUCGAAUACGCUUACUCAUACUAUUCUGUUUCAUCUACUGUAUUCUGUAAUUUGUAAUUAUUCUUUUUUUCGCAUUCUUUUACUCGCCUUUUAUUUUCGGUUCUUGACGAACCGUGCUUCAGUCCCCAAGGUGUAAUGUGUGAUAUUGAAAGGAUAAAAGGGACAAAAAAAGCAGGAGGAUACUAUGCGUUGAAUAGUUAUUCAGCUGCAUGCUAACGACGGAAUCCAGAAGAAGUUUAAUUCACGUUACGGAAUGCGUGAUGAAAAAGUGGGAGUAGGCGGUAGCAUUGACAUAGUUUUUAGUGCACUGCGCGUUGAUAUUAUUAUAGGUAUACGUAUGCUGUUAUUUCUAUACGUCAGAGAGACGAAAUAUCGCCAUGAAUGAAGACGCCAAUCCGAUUAUAUCCGGUCUAAUUGUAAAACAUGAGAAUAAAAUUUAGGUUUUCAGCUUCGUUAAACGCGUCAAUAAACUAAAGAUCAAAGACGAAUCUCUGUUUCGCAUUAUUGCUGUAAUUAUUGUAUUUUAUCAGCUAAUAUCGCCGUACAUUUAGAAUCAAAGAUCUACUCAAAGAACAUUUUUUUAUUAUUACACACCUUGCGGCUCGCUGUCAAUAAAUUGAAAGAAAAUAAAUAAUAU